AUGGAGGGCAGUAGCAAUGGCACAGAGGGACUUUAUUCGCUUCCCAAAAGCCCGGCAGAGGCACCUAAACUGAAAGACCCUUUCACGGCCGCCAGCCCCGGCCCCCCGGCCCCCCAACCCCGGCCCCCCAGCCGAUGGAGCAGCAUAAACUCCUUUCCGGGGGGAGAGAGACGUCCCGAGAUCGCACCGCGAAGGAAGCGGGGCGAAUCCGACGGGAGACGCAGCCACGUUCUCCCUGGUCCCCCGAUUUCCCGCGUGUUCUCCAACGCCCCGCACCCAGCGGGCACCCAUUAUAGCGCUCUGCACCCAACGGGCGCCCAUUACAGCGCUGUGCACUCAACGAGCGCCCGGUCUGGGCUCCAUUCAGGCGCUCGGAAGGACGAGGUCGUAAACGCCUUCAGCGCGGCUGGAAACGGGGAUGCGUGGCCGCGGGCCGGGAGGGGGGCCUGCCCGGGGGUUGCCUGCGCGGGAGCCCAGAUGAAGUGGGUGUCUGAGCCCGGCAGUGCAGAAUGUGGGUUUGUGGGCGAAAGCGGGUGUUCGCGUUCCGGCGCCUCACUCUUCCCUCCGUUCCCUCCGUUCCCGCCGCCCGACAGUUGGGACACCAUGAGCCAGUUGGGCUCUUGGUCGCUGCUCACUGCGCUGCUGCUCUUCUUCCUCCUCCUCCUCCUCCAGAGCUCCCCCGCCCGCGGAUUGCCCCCCCCCGGCCAGAGCUCGGUUCAUCGGGCGGGGACGGAGAAGGGAGAUGGAGCCGAACUUCCGGAGCCUUGCGAUCCCGUCCUGGGCGCUUUGCAACCACUGUUCCCUGCGACGUCUCCCGGGAAUUCACCUGGCCCCGUCCCUCCACCUCCUCGCCCUGCAGGUGUGCUCUGCCGGACGCGGCCCACGGACCUGGUGUUCAUUGUGGACAGCUCCCGGAGCGUGCGGCCGCACGAGUUUGAGAAGGUCAAGGUGUUUCUGACCCAAGUCAUCGAGUCCCUGGACGUGGGACCCAACGCCACGCGGGUCGGGGUGGUGAACUACGCCAGCGCCGUCAAGCAUGAGUUUCCGCUGAAGGCUCACCGCUCCAAGGCCAGCCUGCUGCAGGCCGUGCGCCGGCUCGAGCCGCUCUCCACCGGCACCAUGACCGGCUUGGCCAUCCAGUUCGCCAUCAGCAGGGCCUUCAGCGAGGCCGAAGGGGCCAGGCCCCUCUCCCCGGCCCUCAGCAAGGUGGCCAUCGUGGUGACGGAUGGGCGGCCGCAGGACGACGUGAAAGACGUGUCUGCCCGGGCCCGCGAGGCCGGCAUCGAGCUGUUCGCCAUCGGCGUGGGCCGCGUAGACAAGACCACGCUCCGCCGCAUCGCCAGCGAGCCCCUGGCCGAGCACGUGGACUACGUGGAGAGCUACAGCGUCAUCGAGAAACUGGCCAAGAAAUUCCAGGAGGCCUUCUGCGCCGUGUCGGACCUGUGCGCCACGGGAGACCACGACUGCGAGCAGAUCUGUCUCAGUUCCCCCGGAUCCUACAGGUGCGCCUGCAAAGAGGGUUUCACCCUCAACAGUGACGGCAAAACCUGCAAAGCGUGCAGCGCGGGCAGCGGCGCCUCGGCCACCGACCUCGUGUUCCUGAUCGAUGGGUCUAAGAGCGUGCGUCCAGAGAACUUCGAGCUGGUGAAGAAGUUCAUCAACCAGAUCGUCGACUCGCUGGACGUGUCCGAGCAGAACGCCCAGGUGGGGCUGGUGCAGUAUUCGAGCUCGGUCCGCCAGGAGUUCCCGCUCGGCCGCUUCACUUCCAAGCGGGACAUCAAGGCGGCCGUGAAGAAGAUGACCUACAUGGAGAAGGGCACCAUGACGGGCACCGCCCUCAACUACCUCAUCGACAACACCUUCGCCAUCUCCAGCGGCGCCAGGCCCGGCGCGCAGAAGGUGGGCAUCGUCUUCACGGACGGCCGGUCCCAGGACUACAUCAGCGACGCCGCCAAGAAAGCCAAGGACCUAGGGUUCAAGAUGUUCGCCAUCGGGGUGGGCAAUGCAGUAGAGGAUGAGCUGCGGGAGAUCGCAUCGGACCCAGUGGCUGAACACUAUUUCUACACGGCCGACUUCAAAACCAUUAACCAGAUUGGCAAGAAACUGCAGAAGAAAAUCUGUGUGGAGGAAGAUCCUUGUGCAUGCGAUUCAGUGGUCAAGUUCCGGACCAAGGUGGAGGAUCUCCUUCAAGCUCUGACCCGGAAACUGGAUGCUGUGACCCAACGGCUGGCAGUGCUGGAGAACAAAGUCAUCUAACUCCAUCAGAGCCUCCUCCUUGACCUCCACAUCCUCCUCGUCCUCGCCCCUGCACCCCUGCUCCUCCCCGGGGCCAGGCACGUGCCUGGAGGCCUCACCCCUGCAGCUCUGCGCCAGCUUCUAUAGCCAAGAGCCUAGUGUAGCCACGCCAUCCGCCAAGGGGGUACAUGGGUGGGAGGGGACCCCCCUGCCAUUGCUGUAAGGGGGACCUUCACCCACAUAUGUGUGCACGAGUGCGAGGUUGUGUGUGUGCACAUGUGUGUUGUGUCAUUUUCUGUGUGUCCAUCUCCCCACCAUUUUAUUCCAAAGUGUAAUAUAUUUGACCAGUCUCCAUCUUAUGUCCCUUGCCCUUGGAAAUUCUACCCUGCCUUGGGAUUUCAUUUGAGGGUGAAUCUGGGGCAUGGGACCACCCCUGGAGGUGGGACUCUAUAUUUCCAACCUCUGGCCCCAGACCCCUGACUUCUAGGAUCUGGCCCAUGUGGCUCAGGUCUGCUGCCUCUCCCACCCACCCAAUCACCUUUAGGGGCUCCCUGGCUCUGUGUGUGCCUCUGUAUGUGUGUGUGUGUGUGUGUGUGUGUGUGUGUGUGUUGAGCCAGGCCCAGUGGUCAAGACGGUAGGGGAGAACAGGGCCCUGUGUCCCCUGGGCCUCCUGGGCAGCACCUCCUCCCGCCCACCUGCCCACCCGUUUGUCACCUGAGCCCCCUCCCACCCCUGCAGAAUGUGAGUGUGAGUGAUUUGGGGUUCCUUUGGGACACAAGAUAUUUAUACUUGGGAACUCAGAAACGGCUUUUCAGACUCACUCCAGCUGUCCCCGUGUCGCCUGGGGUCUG